AGUCUAGAUGCCGUUAAAAGUAUAAGAAAUUGGCUUUGUUGAGUUUGUUCUGGUCUCUGGGUGUAGUUGGAAGGUAUAUUAGCAAACUAAUCCAAAGAGAGUAGGUCAAGAGCAGAAGGUAGCGUAACCGAAAAGGCCAGGCCAUAUUAGAGAGAGAUCAGAUAACCGUCUCUUUCAAUUUUGAUCGCACCUUAAUUUCUACCUCCUGAUCGAAGUCAUUUCCCAACGAAACUCUUCUUAACAGCAGCAAAGUAUAUGUACUGGGCAGCCAUGGAAACAGGAAAAUCUUAUCUGAAUCCACACGCUGAAGUUUACGUGCCACUCUUCCAAAGAGAGGGUGGAAAUAAGGAUGGCUUGCUGCCAAGCAUAGUUAAACCAGCAGAAUUUCCUCAGCAGUUUCCCCAGAGUUCUGAGCCUCAUAGCAUUCAGCCUUCUCCUAGUGACAACUUAUACGCUUCAUCCUCUCAAGGUCAAUCUGAUGAUUCUGAGCCCACAGAUACACAGCUUAUGGAUAUGCAAUAUAACUUCGACAUGAAUUGUCUGCGGACUAACUUUCAUGACAUAUCAGAGGAGUCACUCUCCCACGUUUAUAUAUUAAAAGAGUGUGAUCUGAACGAGACGAUCGACAUGUUAAAUCAACUCGAGCUUCCUGAUUGUCUGUACAUUGGGGAUGAGUCGGAACCUGGCCCUUCCAGCAAAGCUGCUAAUCAGAAACUAAAAAAGUCGGUGACUGGUGAAGCAUGCUCAAUUCCUGCCUCAUCAGGUUCGUCAUGCUCCAAACCUGUUAAUUAGCAGGAUCAUGGAUGGAUUUUUACAGGCCAUUUUGCAAGGUCGUGUGGAGGUAGAUUGUGAACUCCGUAAAAAAAAAAAGAUUUUAGUCUGUUGCUGUUAAAUGUGUGGACAGCUUUCCCCCAUUGUUGUAUAGCAUCUUAGUUCUACCUCAGAGUCAUUAGUUGAUAUAGAUUAAUGGCUUGAUUGAUGUUAAAAUGCACAUUGAUUUGUUAAUUCUUUUGCGUCUUAUAUGCCCCUAAGGGUGAUGUCAAUAUAACCUGCAUACAACAUGACACAACGUUUCAAGUUCCAAUGGAUAUCUCAAUCCCCCAUGUAUGACUUUGUUUUUCAUGUUUAAUUAAGAGAUGCUAUUUUUAUUCUUUAA